CGAUUCGUUUCGAGGCUGGAGCCUGAUCCCAUCCUUCCUCUCUGAUUCUUCGAUCUCUUUCUUGGAUUCCCUCAAAUCUCUGAGAAAGAUCUCUUCUUGGUCGUCCCUGUUGCCCGGUCUCCGCUGCAAACCCUUAAAGCUAGGGUUUUUCCAUGCCCUAGCUAGGGUUUCGGCGGUUGAUCCGGUUCCUCCUUCCAAGUUGCCUCUUUCUGGCUGGAAUUCUGGUUCUUGAGGGUGAUCGUCCGAUGGCCUUUCACCACGCGGGGCCUGGUUCGGCAUCCGGAUCAGCGUCGAGCUCCAGCUCCGGGUUCCACUUCCCGAAUUCCCUUUUCGGGGACACCACGUACACGAAAGUCUUCGUUGGGGGCCUUGCGUGGGAGACCAAGAGCGAGACGUUGCGCCGCCACUUCGAGCAGUUCGGUGAGACCCUUGAGGCCGUCGUGAUCACCGACAAGAACACCGGCAGGUCGAAGGGUUAUGGUUUCGUGACUUUUCGAGACCCUGAAUCUGCAAGAAGAGCAUGUGCAGACCCUAGCCCAGUUAUCGAUGGCAGACGUGCGAACUGUAACUUGGCUUCACUUGGGCGAUCUCGCCCUUUUCUUCCAUUUGGCGUGCGCCCGAGGUCAGGCCUUUACCUUGGAGGUAUGUCAGUCCAGCGAGGGCCAUAUGUUGGAAGCCCCGCUCAUCAACAACCUGUUCCAUUCAGCUACCAAGAAGGGUUACCAUAUGCUGCAUAUAGUUACAAUCUCUAUGGGCCGGAGUAUGUCUAUCCACAGUCUCUUUUGCAGAAUGCAUACAAUCCUUAUACAGGGCAGCCUUAUGUUCAAGUUUAUGGUUUUCCUGGAGCUAUAAACACAUCUAUUUACCCAUUUGAUCAAUUUGGCCAGCCUAUUCCACCUGGUUAUACGGCAAUGCAUGGCUACACACUGCCAACUCAACCAAUUGUGCAAUUGGGUGGACCAAAUGUCAAUGGAAUGGCAAGUGCACCUCGACCUGUUAUUCAGUCACCCUAUCCAGCUGGAUUAGCAGCCCCAAUUCCAGCACAACCACAUGUCAUAGUUCCUGCUCAGUCACCACAGUUUAUGCAGGGCAGCAGUUCAGAUCAAACGACAGUUUAAAUGUGCAUCAUGAUAUCAUCUUGAGAUACCCUUAGAUUGCAGCAGGACCAAGAACCGCAGUACUGCCAUGUUAAUGGCUUGCAUUCUUGCCUUGCAUUCUAUCAUCUUUGCAUUCUAGAGGUUGUCCUAGUUAUGAUCAGUUGCAAAAAGCCAUUAAGUUGCUCCGAUGGAGGGAGCUGAAAGCACAAGAGCAUGGGUUGCUCUUUGUUGCACAGUGUCUGUAAAGUCUCUUGCCCUGCUGGAAGUUGUGAAGUCUGGUGGAGCAAGAAUACCUGGAUGUCAAAAUUGCAUCCUACAACCUGUAUGAUAGAUUCUGGAUGUCAGAGUUGGAGUCUGACAACCGAGAGGGAAGCUAAAUUGUAUCAUGGGAUCCAAGUGUUACUGCCACAUAUAUAGACAGAUGAAGACAUGUUGCUCAUGCAAAGUUCAACUUCAGUGUAAUGAGUAACGGAUUUGUAUGAUUCGCAACAUUAGUUUCCUACAGUGUCCUUCAUUAAGCAGAAGAACCCUAAUGGUACUAAACAGUACAUGAUCAAAUAAAAGGUCUCAAAGGCAUGGCAACAAACCAGAUGGUUCAGUUCAAUUUCCAA